UGAAGAAAGUAACGAUGAGAAGAUUGAUGACUAUCCCCCCCUUUAUCUAACAUCGGCGGAUUGAUUUCUCCACAAUAUGUGGGCACUAUCCAUGCCAUGAUAACUCCUUGCCAACCGGCUAUUAUGAUGAAUACAAAUGAGUUAACAGAUCGACACCAUAUGCAAGAAUGAAGAGAAGGGUGAUGAACACAAGCAAUUGUUGGAAUCCAACAACAUAUCAGACCGCUCUUUUAGAGCCAAAUGAGGUUGCAAGCAACCUUACACCAGCGAUGCAGUCCACUCUGGGUACUGCAGGGGCAUUUUGUGAGAACGGAGAUCAUUCUCCCGACUUAAUUUACAAAGAUGUCCUUAACGGAGCGUUGGGAGAGCAUACAGUCGGCUUUAUAAGUUGAUAUCUUCUCAUGUCGUUUGAUGUGGGAAGGUGGAUGACCA